UGUGUGACAUAAUGUACAAGCGUUGAACACCAUCAAACCACUAGGCCACCCAAUUUGAACACACCAAUUUUUCAGCUUUAUCACCUUUUUCCUUUCACUUUUACAGGUACACUCACUUCCUUCCUUCAGCCUUUUUCUUUUUUAUAUAGCAAAAUGAUCUUCCUUGAACAUUAAACACCAGACUAUAAAAAAAAAAAGCCUUUAAUUUAUCAAUGACAGUACUGUUUUCAACUGAGUUGAUUCCUCAUGGCCUACCCUUUCAUCCACAACAACUAAAACCAGUUUCAAAUUCAUCUUCACAUCACACUUCUUUGGUGAGUUGCUUGAGCCAUGAGGGUACUAAAGACAGUAUUAGGAAGUCUAGGAACAAUCAAAAGGUCAGGGUUUCAGCUGAAACAAGACCAACCCAUCUCUCAUCUUUUGAUUUUAAAGAAUCCCAUUUGAUGAAAUUGCUCAAUAGGUCCUGCAAGUCAGGCAAGUAUCAUGAAGCAUUUUACUUUCUGGAAUGCAUGGUUGGGAAAGGUUACAAGCCUGAUGUUGUUCUUUGUACAAAGAUGAUUAAAGGGUUUUUCAAUGGAAGGAAUGUUGAGAAAGCUAUUAGGGUGAUGGAGAUGUUGGAAACAUAUGGGGAACCUGAUGUUUUUGCUUAUAAUGCAUUGAUCAGUGGGUUUUGUAAGAUGAACCGUCUCGAUUUUGCUAACAAAGUGCUUGAUAGAAUGAGAAGUAGAGGGUUUUCACCUGAUGUUGUUACAUACAAUAUCAUGAUUGGUAGUUUAUGUAGUAGAGGGAAACUUGAUUCAGCUUAUAAGGUUUUGAACCAGUUGUUGAAAGAUAAUUGUAAGCCUUCUGUUAUCACUUAUACAAUUCUGAUUGAGGCAACAAUUCUUCAAGGCGGUAUCAAUGAAGCUAUGAAACUUUUGGAUGAAAUGUUAGCCAAUGGACUUAGACCUGAUAUGUUCACUUACAAUGCAAUUAUAAGAGGAAUGUGCAAAGAUGGUAUGGUAGGCAGAGCUUUUGAGUUUGUUAGGGGCUUAAAUGCUAGGGGUUGUCAGCCAGAUGUUAUUUCUUACAACAUUUUGUUAAGAGCACUUUUGAACCAGGGGAAGUGGAUUGAAGGUGAGAAACUAGUGACAGAAAUGGUUUCUAGAGGUUGUGAACCAAAUGUUGUUACUUACAGCAUUUUGAUCAGUUGUCUUUGUCGCGAAGGGAAGGUCGAGGAAGCAGUAAAUGUUUUGAAGAUGAUGAAAGAAAGGGGUUUGACCCCUGAUGCUUACAGUUAUGAUCCAUUGAUUUCAGCAUUCUGCAAAGAAAGGAGAUUAGAUUUGGCAAUUCAGUUUCUAGAUUAUAUGAUCUCUGAUGGUUGCUUACCAGAUAUUGUAAACUACAACACAAUCUUAUCUACCCUUUGUAAGAAUGGAAAAGCUGAUCAGGCUUUGGAAAUCUUUGAGAAGCUAAGUGAAGUAGGAUGUCCUCCAAAUGUGAGUUCUUACAACACAAUGUUCACUGCACUGUGGAGCACAGGGGAUAAAUUCAAGGCCUUGGAAAUGAUAUUGGAGAUGCUAAAUAAAAGAAUAGGUCCUGAUGAGAUUACUUACAACUCACUCAUCUCAUGUUUGUGCAGAGAUGGGAUGGUAGAUGAAGCUAUCGAGUUGCUGAUAGACAUGGGAAGAAGUAAGAUUCAACCAACGGUUAUCAGUUACAAUAUCGUUCUUCUCGGUUUAUGCAAAGUACAUCGAAUCGACGAUGCCAUUGAAGUGUUGGCGGCAAUGGUAGAGAAGGGAUGUCAGCCGAACGAAACAACUUACGUUUUGUUGACAGAAGGGAUUGGUUUUGCCGGAUGGCGUUCUCAAGCUAUGGAGUUGGCCAAUGCUCUCUUCAGAAUGGAAGCUAUUUCUGAAGAUACAUUCAAACGUUUGACCAAAACUUUUCCUUUGCUUGAUGUUUACAAGGAGUUUGCUCUUUCUGAUUCUGACAAGUAAACCCCUUUAACCUUGUCAUACUUAUUUCAUGGAAGCUUUUUAAUUAUAUCAUUAUUUUCCUGUUGGAAA